GGGCCCCGCGCCCAACGGACCCGCCACGAGCGGCAGCCUCAAAGCCAGUUUAAGCUAUGGAGGAGGAGGAGGACAACCAUCCCAUUCUGAAGCGGACAUCCUUCACAGACAGACAUUUGCUGCUUCUCAUCAGCUUCCUGGAUAUUCCUCCACACAUCAUCCAACUGGUCUUUCUGGAAUCUUUGAUACCAGCAUAAACAGUGCUGGCUCCAACACUAAAGAAUCUUCAGUGAUGAAUUUUCUCUCCUCAAUUGAAACCCGUACUACUCAGGCUGUUUCUUCAGGAACGACCCUUUUACCACAGUUCAGGGCUCCAGCAUGGCAGACAGGUAUGCAUUCCUCAACAGCAACUGAGCUGUUUGUUACUGGAGCUCUGCCAGCCUCUGGAACAUUUCCACCGACAUCUGCUCUUUCCGCUUAUCAGCAUCCCAACACCUUCAGUAGCAGAAACUUUGCGACUGCCCCAUCUCUGACUCUUCAAGAAUCAACUUUCAGUGCUACGUCAAAUGGUCUCCUAAAUUCUCACGACCCUUUGCUGCAACUCAAGACUGCCCCGGCCACGGUUCCAACUGCCCUGGCCUUUGAGCGCCUGGGCAGUUCGGUGUUAAGUACCAGCAUGCCCCCUCAGUCUUCAACUUACCGUUCUGCUCAAGAAUCUGCACCCCAUCUCUUGCAACCUCAAUUCAGUUUGUUGCCUUCAGCACUUGGGGGAGCUCAGCCAGCUUCUCAAGCUUAUAGCACAUCUGUCUUUACUGGUUCCAGUGUAUCCAUUGAAAGAGCACUUCUGCGAGAAUGUAGUGUGAUCAAACACCAUCAGCGGCCUUCAAGUACUCAGUCUGUGCAGGCACAACUGACUGGUUCACAGCAUUCCUUACACAGUUAUUUACCAAGUACGAACGUGGUUAACUUUCAGGAUACAACCAGGCAGUCGACAUUACCUUGCAGCCCCAUUGGAGAUGUUACUCAGGUGAGCAACGGAGGAUCACAACAGAAGACUUCCCAGGUCUCCGUGGAUCUUGCUCUGUCUUACUCGUCGGCAAUUCCGUCCCCUGGCUACACUCCAGCUUCUGUUGCAAAAGCCAAGAACUGUUCCACAAAGCAGCCACCGAGGUCCACAAAGACACCCAAACCUCAAAGUGUAAUCCCCCCGGUGCCGACACAGAGCUAUUCCAAAUCUCUACACAACCAGAGUUCAGUCAUAUCAGGCCAAACACAAAUCUAUUCUACAGCGCAGCUACCAAGUCUUCUGUCAGUCAGUCAAUCCCAAAAUUACGCUUCAACCCAAUCCCACAAUGUGCCAUCCAUUGUUCACUCACAGGUUUACAAGUCCAGCAAGGUUGAGAAAUUGCCCUCAUUGUAUAAGACACUGACUUUUUCUGGGCCGUCACAAACAAUAACGUCUGAAAGUCAGACACUAAGUUAUUCUUCGGAUCAGCAUCAGGUGUUAAGUUCAGUUCCAAAUGAGAACUAUUCUGGUCAAGCAAGAGAUCUGUCUUCAGUUAGCCAAUCUCAAAGUUAUUCUUCCAGUCACUCUCAGGGUUUAUCUCCAGCUAGCCAGUCACAGGUUAGUUAUUCAUCUCAGUCACAAGCUUUGUCUGCUGUCAGUCCAUCAGAAAGUUACACUGCAGGGCAGUCUCUAACAUUAACGUCAUCUUCUCUUCCAUUUUCUUCCACCUCCCGGGUUCAGAGUUUGUCAGCUUCAAGCCCAUCCCCAAAUUAUAUUUCUAUGCACUCUUCCCAAAAUCCUCCGACACAGGAAUCCUCUUCUCCGCAGUCUCAAAAGUUUUUACCAACAGGCCAGGCUCCUUUUGCGUCCUCUGCCCAUUCGCAAACCUUACAGAGCAAUAGGCCUUCCUCAGAGACCAAAUUGUACACUAAAAGGAAAUCUGACUCUAACCUGUAUGCAUCCUCAAAGCAAGAAGAUGAAUUUCCCAUGCAAGAAUUACAGGUUUUACAGCAGCAAGCAUCUCUUGCCUCCUCAACCCAAAGGCUUCCUGAUGGGGAAAUGAAUGCUCAAGAUUCGGCCUACCGGGUCUCGAAGGCAGAUGAAAGAUACUCUCAGAGCGUAAUCCGAAGUAACUCUAGACUUGAGGAUCAGGUUUCUGGGAUUACGCUCCAAGGGGCAAAAAAAGAUGAAAGAAUGGUUAGCUCAGUGACCCACCUUCCUCAGCAAAUUGGCCAGAUCAGUAAUGUAGCAAGCCAUGAUAUGAAAAAGACAUCAAAUGUAAUGCCGACAUCACAAGUGAGCGUAAAUGCAAAAGAACUUAACCAACCGCAUCCUCUAAUGCAUAAAAUUCAGGAAAACAAGGUCCAAGAACAGCCCAGCCAAGUUAUUAAUGCCCCUCCACAAGUUCAAAUUCAGUCCCAAGCUUUGAGGCAAGGCCACCAAGUAUGUUUGCCUAGCACGCAGGUACUUCUAGAGUCCGCGUGUGAUCUACAGAUUCUACAGCAGUCGAUACUGCAGGCGGGUUUGGGACAGGUAAAGACCUCUCCCGCAGUUCAGCGCAUUCAGCCUCCUCAGCAGAUAACACACCCGUUUCUUCAGAUGGAUGGUCACAUUAUUCAAAGCAAUGGGGGCCCUCCGCCGCAACAACUUCAUCCUCAGAACUCUGAAAUUUUGAAAAUGGACGUCUCAGAAUCCUCAAAGCCUUUACAGCAGCAUCUGGUAACGAAAGACCAUUUCAGUCAACCAAGUCAGCACAAUUCGAAAAAUCAGUUUGCUCCCCUGGGCUCGAUAUGUUUUCCAGAAUCGAUGCUUCUCGGUGAUGAAAGAAACAUUCUGUCAAAUGUCGAUGAUAUCUUAGCAGCCACAGCAGUGGCCUGUGGGGUUACACCCUCCGAUUUUGCCAAAUCAGCUUCGAGUGAGGCAAUUCAAGCUGUUGAAAAUGGCGACGAGUCCAAAUCCCAAUUCCAGCCGAUUGACGUUAGGCAUGUGGCAGCAAACUUCAACUCCCUAGCAACUGUAGCCGGAAAGCCACAGGACGUAAAUGAUAUCUCCUUAAAUGGAGGCCAAAUCACCUUAAAUCUGUCAUCAGUUCCCUCUAUACAAUCAAAGAAUAUGAGCCUCGAUCAAAAACAUAUUGAAACUCCCGAGCAAAAUCCCCCCACUGGAGUGGCCUCUCCGGCAAUUGGCUCCAGUCAUGAGGAGCAAGAGCCGAGUUCUGGCCCAAUCAGGAAACAGCCUAGCAGCACAAGUCAAGAAUCCGAAGAAGACAAUGAUGUUCCUGUCGACGGGGUGUUAAAUCAUAUCAGAGAUUCGGAGUUUGUCUCCAGUGGUAAAAGUCUGAGUGGAGAAAGCGCCACGUCAGAUAGCGACUUCACCACGGGCGGUGAGGAUGGUUCGACUGCAGGGAGCCAAGCGAAAGCCUCGCUCGCCCCGCUGGCCGUCUCCCAGCCAGGAGAAGCGGUCAGUGUCAAGACCGAGGAGGAGAACCAAGAGUUGAUGCAAGGCAACCUUCAGAAGAAGAAAGGUAAAGGAAAAGGGCCAAUGAAGGAGGAGGAAAUUGGAGCUCUGAAACAGCUAAAAAGGACUGCGCCGGCCAAGCGUCAGAGUACUAAGGGAACAGAUCUAAGCAUACCAUAUUCUCCUGUUCCAGAGAACUGUUACGACGGGUAUCAGCAUCAGGAAAAGAUGAGACAAAAGAUCAAAGAAGUAGAGGAAAAGCAGCCCGAAGUGAAAACGGGAUUCAUUGGCUCUUUUUUAGACUUUUUGAAAUCUGGACCCAAGCAACAGUUUUCGGCUCCCGCCGUGCGAAUGCCUAACCGGACCAGGCGGCCGGGUACCCAGGCCGCUCGCACCCCUUGUCCUCAGCCUCUUGUAAAGCCUCCGUCGUCGACACCGUUAGGGUCUGAGGCUGGGGCCACCAGCCCUUCCAAAAAAGCCGAUGAAGAACUGAAAAGGAAUUUGGAAGCCCUACCUUCGUUUUCUUCGGAUGAAGACGAUUCUGGAGGAUGUAACCAGGACCUUCAAAAAAGCAUCACCACUGCUCUGUCAGCCCUGGAUGAUACUUCUGAUAAAAAGAACAAGCCAGUUGCAGAAGCUGCCAAGGUGGUGGCUGCUAGCACAACUUCCAUUCCACCUGCUACCACUGCUGCUUCCACCAACGCUGCGGUUAAGCAAGACUCUCUACACACUACUUCCCCUGCAAUAAAUGUUCAGGAAAAAAUAAGCUCUCCAGAACCCUCAAAGCUAGCCAAUCUUGAUCGUGUUCCUUUAGACCAGUUAGCAAAGGCACAGGAAGCUGUUGCAAUAGAAGGCUGUACAGACGAGGAGAAUACAGACAGUGGAGGAGAAGGCAUGUACAGAGAACGUGAUGAAUUUGUGGUGAAAAUAGAAGAUAUAAAUAUCCUCAAGAUGGCUCUACAAGCAGGAAAAGAACCGCCAGCAAUCUGGAAAGUGCAAAAGGCUUUGCUACAAAAAUUUGUCCCCGAAAUUCGAGCUGGGCAAAGAGAAUUUGCUGCUACUAAUAGUUACCUUGGAUAUUUUGGAGAUGCAAAAAGUAAAUACAAACGGGUGUAUGUGAAGUUUAUAGAAAACACAAACAAAAAGGAAUAUGUGAGAGUGUGUUCCAAAAAGCCAAGAAGUAAGCCUGUGCAGACAACAAGAACUGUUCAUUCCAAGCCAAGCAGUAGCAAUAAGGCUCCUGAUCCUCCAACACCAAAAACCACAACAACAAAAGUCUCUUCUGUGAAACCCAAAGUUAAACAGCCAAAGACAAAGGCUGAACCACCACCAAAGAAACGGAAAAAAUGGAAAGAAGAAUUUUCCUCUUCCCAAUCCGAUUCAUCUCCCGAGGUCCAUUCUAGUAGUAGUGAUGAUGAAUUUGAUCCUCCAGCUCCUUUUGUCACACGUUUUUUGAACACAAGAGCUAUGAAGGAGACUUUUAAGAGCUAUAUGGAAUUGCUUGUUAGCAUUGCCUUAGAUCCUGAUACAAUGCAAGCCUUGGAAAAGAGCAAUGAUGAACUACUUUUGCCUCACAUGAAAAAAAUUGAUGGCAUGCUGAAUGACAACAGGAAAAGGCUUCUUUCUAAGUUACAUUUGGAUCAAUCAUUAAAGACUGCUUUGGAAAGUUUUCCUGAACUGACAGUAAUUACCCGUGAAUCUAAAGCAAAGAAUGGGGGAUCUGCAAUUCCUAAAAUCAAAGUGAAUGGCAAAACUUAUAACAAAAAAACCUUGAGGACUUCAAAAGCAACUACUAAAUCAGCACAGGAGUUUGCCGUAGAUCCAGAAAAAAUACAGAUGUAUUCAUUAUAUCAUUCACUCCAUCAUUACAAGUACCACAUUUAUCUGAUCUGUAAAGAGGAGAUUUCUUCUGUGCAGAAAAAAAAUGAAGAUCUAGGACAGGAAGAGAUUGUACAGCUCUGUAUGAAAAACAUAAAAUGGGUGGAAGACCUUUUUGAAAAGUUUGGUGAACUAUUAAAUCAUGUGCAACAAAAGUGCUCAUGAAAACAUUUUCCCCAGUGAUUUUUUUUCUACAGCACUCAUGUGAUAAAGAAAACAAAAUAGAGAGAAGGACCCCAAUUCCAGAGGAAGCCAGACCAACAUCUUGUUUGCUCUAGAUGAGCUUCUCUUGCGGAAGUUGUGCUGUGACCUGUGCUAUGGGAGAGUGAUCCUGCCAAGGAACUUUGUCCUUUGCAGAUGGACUUGUUACCACAUUUUUAAUCCGAGGAAUGAUUUUUCUAUUUUGUAAACUGUUGAGUAACUUAGUUAUUUUCAGAAAUGGUUUUUGACAAAUGAUACAGCAUGCACUAAGUAUAAUUUUCUUUAUUACUAUAGAGAUAACACUUAAAUACCUUGAUUUUUUUUUUUCUGCCUCUGGCUAAACACCAGAAAGAAUAACGAGGGUAGAGGUAAGCAGAUAUUUGCAUUUAUGUCUGGCCAUCAAAUCAAGAGUAUUGUACAUUUUGUAAACAGAGCUGGUGUGCCGUCACAUUCUGUAAAAGAAUAUUGCCAUCUUAAAAUUCAGAAAUUUACAUUCUGCUUUAUGGACUCCUUUUACUAUUAACAUGUUCAGGAAACUGGAUGUGGAAUUGGUGCAAUCCUAUGACUGCUUUUUGUGUCAAAUUAUAUUGUAAUGAGAAAAACAAUGACCUAUUUUCCCUGUUUUGAAAAAAGUAUUUUCCUUUAUACUGUGUUUUUUCUUUGGAAAAAAAUUCACUUGUACAUUUUAUCUUGCUAAUAGUUGUAUUUUUCACAGAGAAAAUAUUGUGGUUAAAAUUAUGUUUCAUGUAUCUUUGUAAUACACUUUUCAUCGUUUUCAGUCAACCCUUUUCAUUUCUAUGUUGAUUUCCCAUAUAUCUUGAGAUAACCAUUUGUCUAUACAGGUUUGCGUCAGUGUUAACCAGUAUACGCAUUCAGUACUAGAUUAGUUUUGCUUAAUAGGUGUAGUUGUGUUAGACACUGCAGUUAUUUUCUGAUACACGAAAAUAAAUUUCUUACUAAACUAGCACUUGAUUAACUGAUUUGUUAAAAGGGGAAGUAACUACAGUUUUACUUUCUGGAUAACAAAGCUUGACGAUUGAGUAGCUUGUGUGCAGUGUUGAACACAGCUUACAUUAACUCUUAGAACUGGAAGUGGUGGAUGACUUCUCUCCUUUGGUGCCUUGCCAACCUUGAUCCAUGCUUUCGGUGCUUUCCUUUGUUUCCUAACAGCUGGCAGUCCAAGUCGUUCUGCUCAGACGGUGAAUGUACUAGGUUCUACCCAAUAGUGUGUUUUAUUUACAUUUGCCAACAAGAUGCCUUAUUUGUUUGGGGAAAAAAAGACUUUCUAGAGUCCUUCAAAAAUACCCUUUUUUAGGAUCUCAAUGGAAUUGUCAACUGUCAUGCUUUUGUUUGUCAUUUUAACCACCAUUCAGUGCCUUAAUUCUAGUCAAGAAAGCAGUGUUAAUGCUCAAUGCCCAAAUAAGACAUGCUUGUGUGGAUAUUGCCAAUGUCUUCAUUUUGAGUUAAUGGCCUAAUUUGUUAUGUAAAGCUUCAUUAAGCGUGGUGAAGAGGUGAAUAAGGUAAUGAAUAAUCAUAUCGAGUGGAAAACAUUGAGGGAAAACAUUCAACCCUGUGUACCCAGUGCUUAGGACAGUGCUUGACACAUAGUAAGUGGUUAACGGAUGCCAUUAAGAAAAAAAUAUUUGGGUCUGAGUGGAGGUAGUAAACUUGUUUCUGAUGGUUAUCUUGUCAAAAGCAAUAAUUCUUUAAUGCUUGUACACAUUAUUAGGCACAAGAUACUUAACCGUGGAAGUUUUAUAGCCAGGUAAUGUUCCCCCCUUUUAAGCUUCUUAAUACUUGCUCAGGUAGCUUCCUACCCUGAGGAUAGUACACUGUGUAAUUGCCAGACUUGACGUUCAUGGGAGCUCAGAUGUGAGAGGGACGGAUGGGCGAAGGCGGGAGCGUCGUCAGAGGAAUUUACAGGAAGGGGAGGAGGAAGGUCCAAGGCAGCCGUGGUCAGUCCUGGACCCCCUCAACCCCAUGAACGGGAGGGUGGAGAAAGGAAGGCUGUGGAACUUGUAGAUUGAGAAGCUGGCAGGCACUUAUGACAGGAUGGGUAGGGAACGCGUCUUCCAAUUCUUUUAUAUUAUACGCUCCCAGGUGCUCAGUACAGUGCUCUGCACGCAGUAAGGGCUCAAUAAAUACGACUGAUUGUUCGACAGCAGCCGGGGCAAAGAUAGCACCCAGGUAAUCCACCCCUCCCAGUCAGAAUAUCCAUCACUAACCAACUGCCCAUUUGUUCUCUCUCUAGCCUUCCUAGCCUUGGUCUUGCCUGCUUUGGAUGGAACUAAUUUUUAUCACUCUCAGUUUGGAAGGGUGAGAAUUAUGUUGUAGAAACACAAAACUCUAUAGUAAGUUAACCCAUUCACCCACCAUAAACCUUUCAAUUAAAAAAAAACAAACCCUGUUUGCCUUUAAGAAGAAACAUUAGUUACCUUGGUUACAGUGAAAUAGCUACCAAACUACUAGCCAUAAUUUCAUCCUUACUGUUCAGUUGGCAAAAAAAGUCGAUCUUUUUUUAGUUUAAAUGAAUGAACUGUGUUUUCCUGCAGAAAAACUAACCUACUUUUUCAUUUUAGCUCUAUAAAUUGAACUUUUGGCCAUAUGAAAAGCCUUCAGGCUCUUUAACGGUUGACUCCACUCUCCAAAUGUAAACGAACACUGGGGACCGGCAUUAUAAUGCUAUCAUUAAUUGCCUCUGUCACAAGAAAAAUCAAAGUUUUCAGCUCUUAGAGGAAAGGAGGGAGUUUUUGAUGGCUGUAAAGAUAUUCUUUCAUUGCAGUUACUCAGAGACAUUGCUAAGAUCCAAAGGCAUUCAACUGUAUUAGCUCCUUGGACUCUGAAAUUGUGUCUCCUGCAUCCGUUGUACUCUCUCAAGCGUUUGGUACAGUGGUCUGCACACAGUAGGUAUUCGGAAAAUACAGUUGAUUGAUUAGUCCAAUAGAAUGGUGGCCAUAAAGUGGGAUUGCUGAAGGUGAAGGGUGUUAAAGAAAGCCACAUGUCACUCCACAGGACAAAAUUUUUGUGACACACACAGCUCAAGAAAAACUGCAAAAAAAAAAAAAAAAUCUUUUUUUCCCCUAUUUCAGAUAGCUGGUUGGAGAAGAACUUUUUUAAAAAAAUAUUUCUCACUACAGCCCAGUCUCCUUUUUCUUGAUCCUGCAGUGAAGUGUUAACCCCCUACAGUAAACUAAUCUGACGCCAAUAAGAAUUCACCAUUAUUUUUUCAUUGCAAGAUCAAGUAGGAAGCCCUAGGAAGAAGGAAAGCCUUUUUUAAAUAUUUCAAUGUUAGCAAUAUUUUUUAAAACUUUUUAAAUCAAAGAGUGAAAACCCAAGGACUCAUGUUUUAAGAUUGCUUUCCAAGUUUGCCUCGACGUGAAAAGCUUUCUCCGUGAAAUAUGCAUUUUUCUGAAAAAGCUACAUUCCAAUCUGCAACUUCCAAGAUCUGCCAGGACAGCAUCAGGGUUGAAGCCGUAGGUACCCUGAAAACUGCAUUAAAUGGUCAGAGUUCUAGAAAUUGUAUGUAUUUGAAUGUUUAGAAUGACAUCUUCCUUCUGUUUUCCAAGAAGUGCUUUUCAGCGAAAAUAUUUCAAAUAGAAUUGACACAACCCAGGAUUAUUGCUUCCAAUGGUGUUGAUGGCACUUGACACUUAGCCGCACAACAACGCACCUAGCUGUGCACUAUUGCACAACGUACACCGUGUUGUAUCAUUGUUAACUAAUGCAUGUUUCUGCAUAUCACCUUUAUACGUGAUGACAAUAAUUGAAAAUAAAGAUACUAGACACCUUAUGCAUUUUUAGGCCAGAAUUUCAAGAGGUCCAUAAUACAAUGUACGGAAAUGUGAAAGGACAGUUUUGUAUAAUAUUCAUUUGAUGUUACUAACUAAAUCCAUUAAAAAAGAAAACACUUUUUAAACAAAAA